AAGCCCUCUUAAAACCCUAGGCUCCCCUCUUUCUUUUCUAGUUCCUCCUCCUCUCCUGAGCGCAGCAGAGAACAGAGUCCCUCUCUUCUCCAUCCUCUAUUGCACGCGUAUUAUUGCAGAAGAGUUGGGAGUUAAAGAUGCUUGUUUUGUUUGAGACUCCUGCUGGCUUUGCCCUUUUUAAAGUAUUGGAUGAAGGGAAGCUCUCUAAAGUCGAGGACUUGUCAAAAGAGUUUGUUAACGCAGACUCGGCCAGAAAGGUAGUGAAGUUGAAAGCUUUUUCCAAAUUUGAGAACACAUCUGAGGCUUUGGAAGCAGCAACCAAAUUGCUUGAUAGCACGCCUAGCAAAGGUCUGCGCAAGUUUUUGCGUUCUCACUGUGAUGGUGAAACCUUGGCUGUGGCUGAUUCAAAGCUUGGAAAUGCAAUCAAGGAUAAAUUGAAAAUUGAAUGCAUUCACAACAAUGCUGUCAUGGAGUUGAUGAGAGGUCUGAGAAGUCAGUUGACUGAGCUUAUAUCUGGUCUAGGUGCACAAGAUUUGGCACCAAUGAGCUUGGGUUUGUCACACAGCCUGUCUCGAUACAAACUAAAGUUCAGUCCUGACAAGGUUGAUACAAUGAUAAUUCAAGCAAUUGGUUUGCUUGAUGAUCUUGAUAAAGAGCUCAACACAUAUGCAAUGAGGGUCAGAGAAUGGUAUGGUUGGCAUUUUCCAGAGCUUGCUAAGAUCAUACAAGAUAACAUCCUUUAUGCGAAAGCAGUGAAACUGAUGGGUAGUCGCGAUAAUGCUAUAAAACUUGACUUCUCUGAGAUACUUCCAGAAGAGAUUGAGACAGAAUUGAAGGAGGCAGCUAUGAUAUCCAUGGGAACUGAAGUUAGUGAUGUAGAUUUGAUGAACAUAAGAGAUCUAUGUGACCAAGUUCUGUCUCUUGCUGAGUACAGAGCUCAACUAUAUGACUAUUUGAAAAGCAGAAUGAACACCAUUGCACCAAAUUUAACUGCUCUUGUUGGAGAGCUAGUUGGAGCUCGCCUCAUUGCCCAUGGUGGUAGCUUGUUAAAUCUUGCCAAGCAGCCUGGGAGCACAGUUCAGAUUCUUGGUGCGGAAAAAGCUCUCUUUAGAGCUCUUAAAACAAAGCAUGCAACUCCAAAAUAUGGGCUUCUUUUCCAUGCAUCUUUGGUUGGUCAGGCAUCCUCGAAGAUGAAGGGAAAAAUUUCUCGAUCACUUGCUGCUAAAGCUGCAUUGGCAAUUCGAUAUGAUGCUCUUGGAGAUGGCCAAGAUAACUCUAUGGGAUUGGAGAACAGGGUGAAGCUUGAAGCACGGUUGAGGAAUCUUGAAGGGAGGGAAUUGGGCCGUUCUGCUGGGUCUGCUAAGGGAAAACCUAAGAUAGAAGCUUAUGAUAAGGAUCGUAAGAAGGGGGCCGAGGCACUUUUAAGUGCUGCAAAGACAUACAAUCCUUCUGCAGACUCUGUUCUUGGGCAAACACUGAGCUCCAUUGCUGGGAAUGAGGAAGAAAUGGUCCCCAAAAGACAGAAGACUGAUCAAGCUGAGGAAGCUGCAAUUACAGGUGAAAAGAAGAAGGAAAAGAAGAAGAAAACUAGCGAGGUGACAGCUUUAGUAACUAAUGGAAACGGCAGUGCUGCUCAACUAGAAUCUGAGGAAUCUGUAAAGAAGGAAAAGAAGAAAAAGAAAAAAGAGAGAGCUCUGAUUGAUGAGUUAAAAAAUGAUGUCGACAAUGUAGAAAUGGGAGAGAAGAAGAAAAAGAAGCGAAAGCAUGCCGAACAGGAUGAAGCGGAAACUGAGAUGCCAAGCAAGGAGAAUAAGAGGAAGAAAAAGAAGAAAAGUGAGGAUUAAGAAAAUUCAAAAGGUACUACCCAACAAUUUUGGAUGAAUUAGGCAGCAGUUCAGUAAAUCCCUAUGUAAUAUUCGAUUUUUGUUUUCUUUAUUUACUCAUUGGUAGGUUUUCUUUACUUGUUCCUAAUUUGUCUGGGCAAUUUAUUGCUGCUUGUAUCAGAGGAAGAUCUAUCAUUGAUCUUUGACAAUCAAAGUUUCUCUGCUUCCUCUUUCUUCCCCUUCAAACGAAAUGAAAUGAUUGGAUUAUUGAUUGAGUUAAA